CGGCAGCAGUGAGACAACCAGACCAAGGCUACAACACAGCAGCGACCUUUCACUAAGGACGACAAGACGAAACAAACAAAUCAUGGGUUCUACUUCAAACGUACACUUUUUGAUGGUGCUGUGUUUAAUGGGGUUGCUGGUGAUGAUGAUGAUGAUGACGGGUGCAGAGGCUGCCCCCUACGUCCAUCCAGGGUUGACAGGGAGACGCUCACAGAACAACCUUCAGGGACACAAGAAGCCUGUAGAGCCUUCAGCUCCAAACACAAUAACUGUCCCCCUGCACCUGGACCCGAGCGACUUGAUUCCUUCCCGCCCCGUCAGAUCCAUUGGGAACCACUCCAUCUCCCCAUGGACUACCAACACCACCUAUGAUGAGUCCCGCUUUCCCCAAACCAUCUCGGAGGUCAGGUGCUCUCUGGAGGGCUGUCUGAACGUCGCGGGUAAGGAGGACAGGAGCCUGGAGUCCAAACCCAUUUACCACCAGAUCCUGGUCCUGAGGAAGGUGAUGGGGAGCAAGGACAGAUACUACUACCGGCUGGAGGCAAAGAUCAUUGCGGUGGGCUGCACCUGUGUCAGGCCUAGCAUUGAGUACCAACAGUAAUGAUAUCAGUGCGGUGAGGUCAAGCCUGGUGGUGCAGCUGGUUGGGCCGUGAGUGUUGGCAAUACCAAGGUUGUAGGUUCGAUCCCCACAUUCAUUGAAAGUAUUUGGGUGUUAGUUUUAUGGAGCUUUGGCUCUAUGCCAUUGAAAGAUCGAUUUGAAUAAUCAAAUA